UACGGGGGGGCGGGGCCGGCGGGUUCGCGGGGCCGGGUGGGCGCGCGCGGCGGCGGCCGUUGCCAGGGGGAGUCCCGGCGCGUGACGGUUGCUCCGCGGCGAUGGCUUCGAGCGGGGAGGAACCGAGGAGCGGUUCCCCGGGCCGGGCGGGCACCGGCAACGGCUCCGAAGCGGCGCUGGACACGGUGGAGGAUUUCGAGGUGCUGGAAGAGGAGGAGGAGGAGGAGGAAGAGGAGGACCUGAGCGAGAUGCCGCCGCUGGAGGACGUGUCCCGGCCACCGGCGCCGCCGCCGGAGGAGCAGGGCGGGGGGGAAGCGGCUGAGGACCCCCAGGAGUGGCUGGAUGUGCUGGGGAGCGGGUUGCUCAAGAAGAAGACGCUGGUGCCGGGCCGGGGAACGGACACGCGUCCCCGCAAGGGCCAGGACGUGACCGUGCGGCUGAAGGCCGCGCUGGAGGACGGCAGCGUGGUGGAGGAGAACCCUGCCCUUACCUUCACGCUGGGGGACUGCGACGUCGUGCAGGCUUUGGACCUGUGUGUGCAGCUCCUGGAAAUGGGAGAGACGGCUUUGAUCAUGUCAGAUGCAAAGUACUGCUAUGGAGCUCAGGGCAGGAGCCCUGACAUCCCACCCAACGCAGCCCUCACCCUGGAGGUGGAGCUGCUGGAGGCUCGGGAUGCCCCAGACCUGGAGCUGCUCAGCGGGAAGGAGAAGGUCGAGCUGGCCAACCGCAAGCGGGAGCGCGGCAACUUCUUCUACCAGCAGGCAGACUAUGUGCUGGCCAUCAACUCCUACGACAUCGCCCUCAAGAUCAUCAGCUCCAGCUCGAAAGUGGACUUCAGCCCGGGCGAGGAGGCUGAGCUGCUGGACGUGAAGGUGAAAUGUCUCAACAACCUGGCAGCUUCUCAACUUAAAUUGGACCAUUACGAGGCAGCUCUCAAGUCCUGUAACCUCGUCCUGGAGCACCAGCCAGGGAACAUCAAGGCUCUGUUCCGAAAGGGCAAGGUCCUGGCUCAGCAGGGCGAGUUCAGAGAGGCCAUUUCCAUCUUGAAGGCAGCAUUGAAGCUGGAACCUUCAAACAAGACCAUCCACGCCGAGCUCUCGAAGCUGGUGAAGAAGCACGCGGACCAGAAGAACGUGGAGACGGAGAUGUACAGGAAGAUGCUCGGGAAUCCCAGCACCGCCGGCGCCCCGGGGAAGUGCAAAGACAAACUGCGCUGGUCCAUCCCCUGGAAGUGGCUCUUUGGUGCAACAGCCAUCGCGCUCGGCGGCGUGGCCUUGUCCGUGGUCAUUGCAGCGAGGAACUAAGGAUGGCAACGGGGUGGCCCCGCGGCACAGGACCUGCACCAGGAUCUGCCUCUCUCCUGCCGGGGCCUCGCAGACCCCUUCCUGUGGACUCGCAGGAAUACGGAUGCUUUCUCUGCCGGAGGUGCCAAAUCCCCCCUCCCGACGUCCCCCCGUAUCCCUCCCGGUGGCACAGCCGUGGGGAUGGAGCCGCAGGCAGGGCACAGCCCCCCGAGCCCCUGCCCGGCAGUGAGGGGCUCAGCCCCCAGCCACGAGUGUCUUGGAGGGAGCGGGAGCUCCUGCACACCGGUACAGCCGUGGCUGUCCCCAGCCCGAUGAGCCGCCAUAGGUGCCGCGGUCCUGCCGGCAUGGCGAGACGGGCAGGGGGAGGCACGUAGAAGGAAAGCACAUGGGUGUGAAGGGGCACGGUGGUCUCUGCAGGAAGGGAAGCGGUGUGGGUGUGCUAUGGGGCACAUGCAGCGACAUUCCCUGUGUCCUGGAGGGCUGCCGGUGGCUCAGCCCUCCGCUGGCACCCGCUCCCCUGCUCAGCACUUCCCCAGAGCGUGCAAUGUCCAAAGGAAGCCAAAGAACCCUGCGGCGGGCGGGAUGCCGGGGGAGCACUGGAGCCCCGCUCCCCGGGGCCGUGUCGUGUAGGUCCAAGCUCUUUGGGCUUCCUCUUUGCCCUGCAGCUCUCUCCAGCCCCGGGGCUCCGCUCUGCUCCCGGGGGGGUUGUAGCACUUUCCUCCCACCCCAAACCGACUGUGAACUUCCCAAAUAAAGGACAAUUCCUUCAC